GCACACCCUGGCCACCAUCAGCAAGUGCUCGGGCCUUGGAGGAUGAAUAAUCUCCUCCGGACACUGUCCGAGCACAAGUCUAAGGCCUUAGCGAAUGACACGGACCUCAAACCCCUGCUUGCCUCAAUCCACGCUGCGCGAAAGCAGGCGCAUGACGGGAAGAUAUCAGACCCAUUUUACGAGUCGCUUGAAGGCGUUUUGGUCGAUCUACGAACAACGACUAUCGACAACCACGAUUCUGAAGCAUUUCUCAAACCCGUUUCGAGGUCAGAAGUGCCGGACUAUUACGACGUCAUCAAGAACCCAAUGGACCUCCAGACGAUGCUCAAGAGAGUGAAGGCUAGACAUUAUAAGACCAAGGCCGAGUUUAAGUCUGACUUGGAACUAAUAUGGAACAACUGUUUGACCUAUAACGCAGUCGAGGGACAUCCACUCCGUGCAUGUGCUCUGCGUCUAAGAGUUCGGGCAAACCGUCUGCUUAUCAACAUCACCGAUCGCAAAGAACGCCAGGACCCUCGUAUUCCAGGCGCUCUACUCGGUGUUGCGGGGGAAGUGCGAAUGUCCUCUUUGAAGCCCUCCAAUACUUCUACCAGCACCACCAGCCCUGUGACUGUCAACGGCUCAACUCCAACCGUUAAUGGUGUAAACGGAGUUCACUCAAGGCCUCCGACGAUCACAAUAAAGCCACGCAAAUCAAUGAGCGGGGAGAUUCCUCAACAUAAACCAUUGGGUGGUGUCAAGCGUGACGUUGUAACCUCAACGGUUCCAUUUGAGAACAUGCCAGCUCUUGUCAGAACAGCUCAAGGCAUGCAAGCCUUUGCUACUGCUGAUGCGAGAUUGGAAUGGGACCCGACUGUGUUAGAACCGUACCUUCCUCCAGACAUUGAAGGCGAGGUUAGAAUCAAAACGGAGGAUAGCGAUUCGGAAGUAAUCGACACUGACACGAUGGUCGGGGACAAGAGGCGAUGGAAUGGCUCGGAUGCGCUUGGGCCUCCUCGAAAACGUAGUCGACCGGAUGUGGAUCCUAACACUUGGUGGACCGCCCUGCGUUCAGACACUCUUCUCGCCAACGGGCUCCCGCAUAUUCCCCAUGCUUCAUGGAGGCCCCCAACUCAACCAAUACUCACUUCACCUUCGAAGUCAAAGCAACGCAGAACGGACAAGGGUAAGGGAGUGGCCAAAGAGACGACGUUGCUAGCUCGGAUGAACAAUAACAUCCGUACAAUGAGGAGACUGCGAGAUACCCAUGCCCGGUUUGCGGCUUUGGGCCUGGGUAACAAUAAUGGGCCAACAGGGCCAGAUGACGAGCCGCAACCUGCUAUACUGCCGCCCCCUGCCCCACCCCCGCCGCCGCUUGCUCCUGUCGAGAUACUCUAUCCUGGUGGAAAGACCGAACUGGACGAUCGACCGUGGGGAGCAGAAGCUGGAAUUGGACUGACACCAAAGCAGUGGAGGAAGAGGCGGAGGAAAGCAAAGGCGUUAGGUCUUGAUUUAGAUGAUGAUGAAGAAGUACCAACGAUUGAGAUUGGCUCAGAGAAUGCAGAACAAUGUAUGCGUUGGAUGGGCUCCAAGAUACUUGAACACUCAGGGUUCCAAGGGACAUCACAAGUUGCAUUGGACGUCCUUGCCUCGGUUACCUCGGAAUAUUUGCUCAAUGUGGGUCGGACGAUGCGAUAUUUAACAGACAAGUACGCGAAGACAAUGACAGCAGAGGAAAUCAUCCUCCACACUCUCUUCGAAUCUGGUGUCUCGCGCGUGCAGGAACUAGAGCGUUAUGUCCGCGAUGAUGUAGAGCGACAUGGGUCACGACUUAGUGAUCUCGAAAAGAAACUCGAUAGCGCAUAUAGCGAAGUCAUUGCUGGCGAAAUCAUCGAUGAUGAUACCUUGUUUGAAGAAGAUGAAGAGAACGAUGGAGCCCUGACUCUUGGUGACUUUGCAGAGGCAUUAGGCGAAGACUAUCUUGGUCUCCGUGAACUUGGUAUAGCGGCUGAGUUUGGGAUGUCCAACCUCAGUAUCCCCAAGAAACUCUUACGAAGACGACGAACAAUGGGUCAAGCUGCUAACGCCGCACCAGCUCCACCACCUUUACCGUAUCCAUUACCCCCACCAUUUAUUUCUUUAUCCCGUGGCAAACUCGAAGAACAGAUCGGGCUCCUACAGCCGUUCUAUCUGGCACGGUUCAAUGCUCUUGCAGAAGCCAGUGCCCAGGCUGCUGCGAAUGCGAUAAUACCACCACUACCUGGCCCCGCAUUACCUUCUCUUCCUGGACCAACAUUACCGCCACUAUCAGGCCCAUCUCUGCCUGGUAUAGUCCCUCAUACACCCUCUGCAGUGAUGCCUCCUCCACCGUUACCCGCUGCCCCUAUUCUUCCGACUCUCGAUCCAGCACCCCGACCACCGAUCGUCAUCCCUUCUUCCAUGAUCCUUCCCGAUGAUAUUCCCACGGGAAUACACACCAAGAUGGGCCCAUUGGGACAAAUCGUCUUACCUGGAGCCAAAGCUGUUGCAGCGACUGCCGCAAAGAAGAAGGUUAUUGAGAAGGACAAGGACAAGGACGGCGGUGAGAAGAAGAAGGCGAAAAAGGUUGUGAAUGCAUCAGCGAAUGGGAACGGUCCAGGAGCUGGGUCGCCGAACAAGAAGAAGCCUAAUGGCAAUGGCGGCAAGUCUGAUGCAGCACUGAUGCCGCCUCCGCCACUGCCCAUGCCUGUUGUCGCUGUGGGGACUUGA